CGGUCUUUAUCAUAAUAAUACGCGCUUCGCUAUCGUGUACAACACCGUUCGAGUCUUUAUACCUUAUUAUACCUAUUUUUAUCGUAUAAUAAUUUUUUACGUUCUGUUUUCAUCUGUUUUACUUACCGGAGAAGUGAAGAUAACCAGUGUUGGUGAAAUUAUCUCGAGUGUUGUUGAGAUUUUUAUUAAUUUGAUUGAUCGAGUUUGUCGUAUAUUGAAACGUGAUCGAGUCGCGUGUUUUGAUCGAAUUUUUGGUCAAUUUUGUUCGUAAUUUAUUAUUAUUUUUGUUGUAUUUUGUAACUGAGUCGAUAUGAAUUUCGCCAGAGUAUCAUUGGUUGCACUUUGCUGCGUUGUAUUCUUCCUUCAAUAUGUCUCGUGUCAAUUUGAAUUCCCUAGUUUGUUCAGCGAAUUUCCCGAAGACACUUUGAGGCCUGCCAGAGAUCCUAGACAAGAUAGAGGUCCGGUACAAUUUCCAUCAGCGCCAAUUGGACCAGAAACGAGCGGAGUUCGAGUAGGAGCAUCUGGAUUUGGAUUUGUUCCACCUGGUGGACGCGGAAGAGCAAUUGGAGCCAUAGGUGGAGGAGGAGGAGGUCCAAACGCCUUCCAAGAGUUCACCUUCUGGUAAAAUGUGUGGCAUGAAAAUAAAGUCAAUCGUACCAAUUUGUCCGAUGUGCUGCAAGUCUCCUUUUUCACAAGCAGCUUGCGAUGUACUUAACCAUGUACAGUGAAAAAAAAAUGCAUCUGUGAUACCGAAACUGAAACUAAUAAGCUGUAUAAAAAUAUGUAGAGUAUUGUGCGAUGGAAUACACUUAUAUGUACCUAUUCUUUCACACGAGUGUGAUUUUAUAUAUACGUAGUAUUUCGUUGUACGGUGUAUAAUUAUUUAAGAGUAUAAAAGUGUUAUUAUUAUUAUCGUCGAAGUUAUAAAAUACCUUCUUUUAUUUUUUAGUAUUGUGUACUGCAUAUGAGAUAGAACAAUUAAUACAUACCUGUAUUAUUUUCCACUCUAUUCGUACAUAUGUGAAAUCAUACAGGUACCCAAAAACUUACCUCUAUCGUAGCUACUUGGGUAGGUACGGUAUAUACAGAGGUUUACCUCAUUUAUUUGGAAAAAAUCGUGAGAAUAAUCAUUGGAUAAAAAAAGCUAAUUUAUAAGUUUCUUAUAAACAAAUCAACCAUAAAGGCGCACGUGGAGCAAAACCUAUUAAUAUAUUAUUUAUUUUAAUAUUAUUAAGAAUGAGAAAAGAGCUGAAAAAAUAAAAAGCCACUGAUAUAUUUAUUACAAGAAUGGUUUUUCAUUACAGUACGAAGCACGACGACGAUAUGGUAGUAAUAUUGUACAUAUUUAUCCCUGAAUAUGAGCGAGAGAGAGAGAUAGGUAAUCUCAUUCGAACGUUCGUGCAAUUAUACUUCUUUUUUUCCCCAUCUGGGGAAUGAAUCCAGUAUAUAAUAUGUGAACUUGUGGUAUGUAAGUAUUCGUGCUGCAGCGACUGUGAUGUUGAAAAGAGAGUAAAAUAAAAAAUGGAUAUUUUAUAGUAUUUAUUUAUUUUUGUAAGAGAAUUUAUUAUCUUUUAUACCUACGCAAAUUACUAGCCAAUUAUCGCAGCAAUUAUUCGCGUAGUUGUUAAUGACAAAAAUGCAUUAUUUCAUUUUGCAUGAUUGUGUUUGUGUUGUGUGUUACCAUACUAUUAACGCUUGUCAUUUUCAUUAGAAAUAUACUUGCGCGAAUAUCUCCAUUCCACGCCUUUGAAGUAGCGUGGUUAUAAUUGCUGAGAAUAAAGAAUAAAAUCGUAGUCAUAAAUAUUA